AUGAAGAAUCGACCCAAAAGCAUCACCAUGGCAGGAUCUGUCCUUGAUCCACAAAUGUCAACGGAAGACAGCGACCAGAAUGACAGCGUUCAUGAUGAAAAUAAGGAGGAAACCAAGGAAGGAAACCACAAAGCUGAAGCCCAGCAAAAUUUACCAAGCAACGCCGACAUUGAAAAGAACAAUGAACAAGAUACGAAUGAAGACUCAAAAAAAGCAGACGAUUCCUCGCCGUUGGUUCACACGGGGCGACCAUCUACGAAAGGUCUCAAAUCUCCUGAGUCUAAGAGGCCCACUGCCUCGUCUAAUAACGAACCAAAGCAAGAGCCCAGUGUCAGUGACUCCCAACAUAAUUCUGUACCACCACCAUCAAGUGGGAUGAGUACCAGAUCCAAAGUCAUGAUAUAUGUUUGCUUCUGUCUAUCCAUUGUCUUUAUUCUGCAGGGGGUCAUUAUUGGAAUGCUGAUGGAAAGCAAUGACGAGAACAACAAUACCAAACGAGUGGCCACCAUUGGUGAAGAUGAAGGCUUGACGGAACGUCCUACACCAGUGGACAGUCCAACUCCCACAUUUGCACCUACAUUUGGUGUUGAAGAACCAAGUUACCUGUAUGAGUCGAUUGCCUCCACGCCAGGAGCAUUCCGUGUCGUAGAAGUAUCAUUGUGUGACGACUGCUCCGCUGCCAUUUAUCCCAGCUCAGACGACCGUUUGGAUUGGGAUGCUUCCGCUUGGAUCAACGAAGUGAUCAUUGAUAGUAACGCAAUCGUCACAUUGAAUUGCUAUUUGCACGGAGUCUGUGGAAUGAUUGAUCUGAUGGGGUCUAUUGACUUGGCACCGAAUGUGAAUGGAAACGUCUAUGCAUUGUGGGGUAAAGAGUCACCUAGGACGAACCUUGAUGACCAUGCCGACCACAGCAGCAGCCCCUUGAAAGCAAGGCAACGACCCAUGGAUCUUAUUACUACCCUGACGUUGUCUUGGGAAGAUGUCAGUAUUUUUGGGUACGACGAUACAAGCCGGUUUCGCAUCAAUGCACAAGUAAAAAUCUCGCAACAGGAAGUUGUAUUUUGCUAUGGGGAAGGAAAUGUAAAUGGAACAACCUUUCGUUCUGGCAUUGGAAACUACACGAAUGGAUAUGAAUAUACAGCUGUAGAUAUCACUGGAUUUGACAAUAGAGGCUUUUCCGAUACCUUUCCCAAAAAUACCUGCGAGGCAAAGAUUCUCAAUUCAGAUUGA